AAGAUGGCGGCGAGGGGGAAUCGUCGGUGUUCAACGUUCAUUGUUCAAAGUUGUAAAAGUCACCUGACUUAAUCCUCUUUUUAAGGAUGGGAUGACCAGAACUGACUGGAGGAAAUCAAAAGAAGCCAGAAAGCAGAAGAUAAAGCAACUGAAAGAAUUUAAACUCUUGAAGAAACUUGAGAAACAGAAGGCAGAGGAAGAGGAAGCACAGAGAGUUUUGGAGGAAAAAACAGAGCAGAAAGGUCGCCAGUAUACUGUUAGUGUGGCAUUACCAGGGUCAGUACUAGACAAUGCCCAAUCUCCAGAGCUCAGGACGUACUUAGCUGGUCAGAUAGCACGUGCCUGCACUGUGUUCUGUGUGGAUGAAAUUGUCGUCUUUGGUGAACAGGGAGAAGAUGAAAAGAGCGUAGAAGGAGAAUUUCGAGGAAUCGGGAGAAAAGGACAUGCCAGUGUGCAGCUCGCACGGAUUCUGCAGUACCUUGAAUGCCCACAGUACCUAAGGAAAUCCUUUUUUCCAAAACACCAGGAUCUGCAGUUUGCAGGCCUCCUGAAUCCACUGGACAGUCCACACCACAUGAGGAUCGAUGAGAAAUCUGAGUACCGUGAGGGAGUGGUAGUUGAACGGCCCAGUAAACCUCAGAAAGGAUCAUUUGUAAACUGUGGCAUGAGAAAGGAUGUACAGAUUGACCGACAGCUUCAACCUGGUUUGCGGGUUACAGUCCGACUGCACAAGAAUGAAAACCCAGAAAGUAAAGCAUUGAAGGGUACGGUUGUCCCGCCACAUGCACCACGGACAGAAUCUGGCCUGUACUGGGGUUACACAGUGCGACUUGCUUCAUGCCUCAGUGCUGUGUUCACAGAGUGCCCAUUCAAGGAUGGCUACGAUCUCUCAAUUGGCACAUCUGAACGAGGGUCAAAUGUUGACAAUGUUACACUUCCAACAUUCAAGAAUUUGUUGGUGGUGUUUGGUGGUCUUCAAGGACUUGAGGCCAGUGUAGAUGUUGAUCAAAACCUCAGUUUUACAGAUCCCAGUGUCCUUUUUCACCACUAUUUGAACACCUGCCCUGGUCAGGGCAGCCGUACCAUCCGCACUGAGGAAGCUAUUCUCAUUACCCUCUCUGCAUUGCGACCAAAGAUUGACCUGGCAGUCAGAAAUUCUGCUUCAAGUUGAAAGUGUAAAUAUUUUGCAGUGAGCCACCCCUGCAAUCCGCUGAUGUUGUGAAGGACCAAGAUUCAUGUCCCUGGCUGACACCAGAGCCAGAUUGCAGAUGUCCAACCCUGGUUUGUGAUGCAGUGGGAGAGUGCAUUUGUUGAGAUUCUGCAGUGUAUUCCUGCAACAUGUGCUUUCCAGCACUGAAACUGUGGUGAAGAUUUAAUCAUAACUUGAUUCAUCCUCAAGCCAUGCAUCAAUUCGAUGAGGACAUGGGUAAAUGAUGGAUACUGCUGGCUUCAAUCUGACACAAAUAUCACUUCAGUCAUUUUCAGAUAGGCCUACAUUGACUGGGGUAACACAUCAAACAUGUUUGCUGAUUGCAGCCCGUCUGCGUGUUUGACCGGAACUGUUCCUCGGUACUUUUAUUGGUAUCACCACAGAAUUACAAUUCAGGUGCAUAGGCUGGUUAUUGACUUAAGAAUUAAGAGCAGGAUUAAGAUGCUUGGCCUCUGAAGCCUACACUGCCAUCAAUAAAUUCAUGGCUCUGAUUAGUCCACAUUCCUACCAAUAAUCUUUCGUUUUCUCUACCUUUAAAAAUAUUCAAGGACUCUGCUUCCACUACCUUUUUUGAGGAAGAGAGUUCUAACAACUUGCGCCCUUCUGUCAGACAGUAAUUCUCUGGAUCCCUGGCUUAAAUAGGCAACCCCUCAUUUUGAAAGAUGUGUUAUUGAUGAAUCAUGCCAUUUAUGUGUUGAA